AUGGAACCCGAAUCAAUACUUCCCAGGUAUUUUUUCAAUUUAAUAUUUUUUGAAAUACAAAAUUGCAUAUUUCAGAUUUCAUAUACUGUUUCUAAACUACAGUAAUCAUAUAUUGAUUGAACAAAAACCGACCGAUCGAAUUGAUAGAAAUUUUGUCUAUCGUUUGGGACUUCUCACUUCAUCGGAGAAAAAGAAAAAUAAAAAGGUUGGUUUUUUUUCGAAAUUUUCAAAAUUCUGAAAAUUGUAGUCAGAUUUUAAUUACAGAAAUCAGUAGUUUUCCUCUCGAAAAAAGUGUUUGGGAGAUUAUCGAUUAUGAAAUUUGGAAAAAGGUCAGUCUUGUCACUGAAAAUUGAUAUUUGAAUUCAAAUUCUAAAUUUUUGUAGAUCGAAUCACAGUUCAGAAUGUGCGCAUUUCACUACUGUAUCUAA